GGGGUUCAGAUACCGGCCCAUGGAUGUGAGCCCAUCACGGAAUUUUACCCUAGACCAGACUAGAUUUUGUUUCUUGGAAUGAAUUUUGUUUGUUUAUUUCUUAGUUCCGUUCACAACGCAGCUAGCCUCCUCAUCCUCCUUCUACUGCACACACAAGUCAAGAGCGCAUUAUCGAUCUCUCCUCAGACGUCCAGACCGCACUAUCGGCCUCAACUUCGUUAUUAAGUAUCAAGAAUGGCUUUCUUCAGUAAAUCUGGGAACAUACUGAGGCAGGUGAUUAGCAAGCCGCAAAUAAACCAUGAGAUCUCAGCAUCCAGUCCUUCAGUUUUUCAGAUCCUGCGAUUUAUGUCUUCUUCAAAACUCUUUGUGGGAGGUAUAUCAUGGGGUACAAAUGAUUCAAGUCUUACAGAUGCUUUCAGUAAAUAUGGAGAUGUUGUUGAAGCAAGAGUCAUAACUGACAGGGAGACAGGAAGAUCCAGGGGGUUUGGAUUUGUUACCUUCAACAGCGUGGAGGAUGCCAGUGCUGCAAUUCAGGCUUUGGAUGGACAGAUGCUCGAUGGCCGUCCAGUAAGGGUGAACUUUGCCAAUGAAAAGCCACGUGGUUUUGGCGGUGGCGGUUAUGGUGGCGGUGGUUAUGGUGGCAGUGGCGGUGGUUAUGGUGGCAGUGGCGGUGGUUAUGGUGGCAGUGGCGGCAGUUAUGGUGGUGACGGGAAUUAUGGUAGUGGAGGUGGCUAUGGCAGUAGUUAUGGAGGAGGCAGUGGAAGUUUUGGAACUGAAGGCAGUGGAGGGAACCGCUAUGAUAUCGGCAGUGGCAGCUUGGGUUAUGGCAGUGAUAACUUUGUCAGUGGCGCUUCUGAUGGAAAUGGUUUUGGGGGUAAUGAAGCUGGGGAUGAUCAGAAUGAUGACUGUAUUAAAAGAGCAUAGGGUGGUUGUUGGUUGAAAAUAUUUUUGUGCCAUGGGACCCAAUAAGAAAAUCUAAAAUAUAUUGAAUAUGAUGAUGACUCUUUCCCCCACCCCUCUUAUGUUUAUGUCAUUAGGUUCUACCCUUCAUUUUCAAUCUUUUCUCGACUAUCAUUAUUAUGACUAAACUUUGAUGAUUUAAGAACCUAGUUCUAAUUGUGUUUUGAGGGUGUUGGAUGUGAAAUCGCAUCAUAAAUUUAGAAAAUAUUUUUUACUUCGCCAUCGUGAAUUUGCAUUGUUUUAGUGUAUUACACUAUUACUACGUAUAUUGUUGGGGCAACAUAAUAAAACGCCCAAUUAGAAUAAAACCUUCAAGUAUGG